AUGAACAUGAUGAUGAUGAUGAUGAUGAACUCGACAGAGAAGAUGAAGAAGAAACCUCCGAAGGACAGUUUGACUCUGCUGCCAUGUUUCUACUUUGUCGAGCUGCCCAUCGUGGCUUCUUCUAUGGUGUCUCUGUACUACUUGGAGCUGGCCAACGUGCUGCAGCCGGCUCAGGUGGGCUUCCGUUGCCAUGACCGCGACCUCAGCAUGCCGUACGUCGACGGAGGAGACGAGCUCAUCCCUCUGCUGAUGCUGCUGAGCCUCGCCUUCGCUGGGCCCGCCGCCUCGAUCAUGCUGGUGGAGGGUUUGAUUUACUGCCUGCAGUCCCACCUGAAGCUGCGUCGAGCCGAAGGAAGCAUCAACGCCGGCGGCUGCAACUUCAACUCCUUCCUGCGGAGGACGGUGCGCUUCGUAGGCGUGCACGUGUUCGGCCUGUGUGUGACGGCGCUGGUCACUGACAUCAUCCAGCUGUCGACGGGUUACCACGCCCCCUUCUUCCUCACCGUCUGCAAACCGAACUACACCCAAACGUCCUGCGAUAAAAACCCGUACAUCACCAAGAACAUCUGCUCCGGACAGGACAAGGACGCCAUCAUGGCCGCCAGGAAAACGUUCCCUUCCCAGCAUGCAACUCUGUCUGCCUUCGCCGCCGUGUACGUCUCUAUGUAUUUUAACUCGACGAUCUCCGACAGCACCAAGCUGCUGAAGCCGGUCCUCGUGUUUGCGUUCGCCAUCGCGGCGGCGCUGACGGGUCUGACCCAGAUCACGCAGCAUCGCAGUCAUCCCAUCGACGUCUACGUUGGUUUCCUGAUCGGAGCGUUCAUCGCCGCGUACCUGGCGUUUCACGCCGUGGCCAACUUCAGGUCCUCUGAUGACAUCAUCGUGGCCCCGCCCCCUCCACCCCCGAAGGAGGAUCCUCUGCGAGCGCUGACGGAGCGAGGACACGAGUCCGUCUACAACAAAGGCCCCGCCUCCGCCUCCGAGAGCAACGACGAGAUAGCGGCGGCCCCGGCCCCCAGGGACCGGCUGGAGGGCCUGGGGCCCCUGCAGAGGGAGAAGACGUCCAUGGGGAGCCUGAAGAGGGCCAGCGUGGACGUGGAGCUGCUGGCCCCCCGCAGCCCCAUGGGGAAGGAGACCAUGCUGACCUUCAGCAACACGCUGCCACGAGCCAGCAUGAACGUUAACGGGGUUCUGGGGGCCAACGAGGGGCCCGAGGAUCUGGUCCAGCCGGUCCAGCCGGUGCAGCCGGUCCAACCGGUGCAGCGGCGUCUGAAGGCGGUUCAGGUCCCGAUGGACCCGCUGCGGUCGCAGCAGCUGGUGUCGGAGUGGAAGCAGAAGAGCAUGGAGAUGCGCGGCCUGAGCGUGCGGGACGAGGCGGACCACGAGGCCAGCGAGGACGGCUCGGAGGGGGGCUCAGUGGCGACGGACGACGGGGGGUCUCAGGCCCCCCUCUACCAGCCUGCAGUGCAUUCUGGGAGGACUGCCUCCAACCGUAACCCUACUCCACCUCCGGGGGGCGCCAAAGCGGUGGCGACUCCCAGACCGCCUCAAAUCCCUGAAGCAGGACCACCGCCGGUCUCCCCGAAGAGUGCGCUGACCCGUGCCAAGUGGCUCGCCAUCCGAGAGAAGACCAGCGGGGACGGGUCGUCCCGCGCCGCCAACCAGCCGCGACUCAUGCAGGUGAUCGCCAUGACGAAGCAGCAGGGCCUCCUCCCCUCCUCCUCCUCUGGGGAGCGGUCCUCUGAGACCACCUCAACCUGCUCCGGCUCCUCCUCCACCGACUCACCACAUUACCGCCCGUCCGAGCAGGCGAGGCAGGGACCGGGUAUCGUCACCGUGGACGCCCACGCCCCCCACCAUCCUGUAGUCCAAGCCCCGCCCCCUCCACAAGUCCCGCCCCUGGCAGGAAACGGUAACCCCUGGGAGUGGGCAGGGUCUAACGGGGGCGACCCACGAGACACCUACGACCUGAACAGCCUCCACCGGGGCGACUCGGCGGCGCGUGGCAGCAGCUUCCGGCCGCACCGAUCCGCCUCGCCGUGCGCCUCCCUGGAGCUGGACCCGGUCUCCGCCCCCCACGCACAGGCGGAGCUGUCGGCGGACGCACAGCGGAGGGAAAUGGCCAUGAGGCGCAAGACGGCGCUGGUUCUUUUGGAUCGAGAGAUUCGUAACCAGACUGAGCAGGAGAACUAUUAUAAGAGUCUGCAGGGUCGCCGGUUCAAGGACUAG